AUGGCCCCUACAGAAAUUGCCAAUUGUGAGCUUUGGAAUCAUGGCCCUGGCAUGUUAUAUGGCGAAACGGACGGGGAGGAACAUAAAGAGCAAAUAAUCACAGAAAUUCCGGAAGAAUGUACAAAAGAAAUGAGAAUCGCUGACCAAAAGAAAUUGGGAAACAACGUUCAAAACUCCCUUUUGGUGGUUGAGGGUGAGAAGACAGAGAAGAGCAUUGCUAUGAUAAUAAACUGUAAUAACUUCAGUUCGUUUCGAAGGCUGAUCAGAGUUACUGCUCGAGUCUUGAAAUUCACAAAGAUUCUGAAAAGGAAAUGCAAAUCGAAAGAAUUGACGACUGACGAUGUUAAAGAGGCAGAAUUGUUAUGGAUUAAAGAAAUACAAACAUCUCUAAAACGAGAUUCCAGAAACGAGUCUUGGCGGCGACAGUUUGCACUGUUCCGCUGA